AUGCCUCUGCAGUGCAGUUCAGACAAUUGUACAAGGAAUGUUGCCGUGAAACGGGCACUAGAUGACGCACCUCUUUGUGCUCCAUGUUUCAGUAGGGGAUUCGAGGAGGAAGUUCACAAAACUAUUACUUCUGCAAAUCUGUUUCACCGAGGGGAACGUGUAGCCAUUGGUGCGUCCGGAGGCAAGGAUUCAACUGUACUAGCUUAUGUUAUGAAAACGCUCAAUGAACGAUACGACUACGGGUUGGAUUUGGUUUUAGUAUCUAUCGAUGAAGGGAUCAAGGGAUAUCGUGAUGAUUCUUUGGAGGCUGUGCAGAGGAAUCGCGUUGAAUAUUGUAUGCCGUUAACCAUAAUUACCUACAAAGAUCUCUAUGGCUGGACAAUGGACGAAAUCGUAGCGAAGAUAGGGAAGAAAAACAACUGCACGUUUUGUGGUGUCUUUCGUCGACAAGCACUGGACCGGGGCGCACACAAAGUGGGUGCAUCCAAAUUGGUGACCGGUCACAACGCAGAUGAUAUGGCGGAAACUGUACUGAUGAACGUACUCCGUGGAGAUGUUGCCCGGCUCCAACGUUGCACCAGCGCGCUCACUGGUGAAGAUGGUGAACUUCCCCGAGCAAAACCGCUGAAGUACUGCUUCGAGAAGGAUAUUGUCAUGUACGCACGAUUAAACAAGUUGGAUUACUUCUAUACGGAAUGCGUUUAUGCUCCAGAUUCGUACCGCGCAUACUCCAGAACGUUUAUCAAAGAUCUUGAACGAAUGCGACCGGAAAGCAUUCUAGCUUUAAUCAAAUCGGGGGAAUCGGUCAUUGUAAAAACAGAAGUAGCUAUGCCGACGUUGAUCAACUGCACUAGGUGUGGGUAUAUUUCGAGUCAAUCUCUGUGCAAAGCAUGUUUGUUGUUGGAGGGUUUGAACACUGGACAAACUGGUAUGGGCAUUAAGAAAAAGACGAAGAAAAUCUCUGUUGUUGACGAGGAAAACCUCAAAACAAGCUGCGGUGGUGGAUGUGACUGUGAAGAUAAUGUUACCACUUCAUUUUAA